CAUUUUUAAAUAGGAAAAUUCAAGUCAUUUCUAGAAAAUCUCAAAUAUUUUUCGAAGCAGAUUUUUUUAGCCUUUGAUGAUACUCGCUUGUUAAAAAACCCAAAAAGAAAAAAUAAUUUUGAAAAAGCCAUUUUUAAAUGAGAAAACUUGACUGUAUAUAAAGGAGAGUGAUAUACAGUAAAGUGUAAAGAUAGAAUAUAUUUGGAAGUCUGUUCUUGUUUCCUUUUACGCUACAACCGUUACAUCAAUCUCCAUUUACUCUCUGCCUCAAAUUAGGGCUUCUCACGAUUUUGGAAUGUUGUACACUAAUAUAUAUCAUUGUAUACUUCUGCCAGGAAAGGAUUUAUAGGAAGUGAAAUAGAUUUUUUGACUGUUUUUGGCUAGUUGGAAUCUAUUAUUUGAACAUUUCAAUUUGGGUUCUGGUUUUUUUUGGAUAAUCUGAUUGUGCUUGUAAAGAGAGAAAGAAUAGCAACAAAAAAUGGUGUUGGGGAAGAAAUGUGAGUCAAUUGUGAAUAGAGCAAAUGAAGGGUAUGGGGUGGGACUGGUGAGGAGUACAUCGUUUGGGAGGAAAAGGGUUGCUUUGUCGAAUAUUAAUUUGGAGUUUGAUGGUCAUAAUGAUUAUAAUCUCACCACACCGACAAAGAGACAGUGCUAUGAAAAUUCAGUUCUCUGUUCAGACAAGUAUGUUCUUGAAGCCCUGCCUCAGGACGUUCUGAUUAGGAUAUUGUGUGGUGUCGAGCAUGAUGAUUUGAAGAAGUUGGUUUUAGUAUCAAAAUCAAUACGAGAUGAGACUCUGAUUGCAAAACGGUGGCACUUUGCAUAUAGUACUCCAAGGAAGACCGUUGGGUUCCAGAACGUGGAGGAUAUGCGUGAGUUCAAUGACAUUGAAGCUCCUAAUGCUCCAAAGCAGUCUAGGGUUCCAAGGUCUCGGUUGAGUUCAAAGAAGCUAGCUGCCAUCUCAGUGGCCUUGUUCGCUUCUGGUAGCGAAGACAAUUAGCCACGAAAAGAUUUAAUGGCAAUGGAAACAGAGAUAUGAAAUUGAGGGUUAUGUAUAGUAUAGGCAUGCAAUGUUCUAGUUGUUGCAGAAAUAGUACAUCAGGUUGGAAUUGUUUGUACAUGUUGAAGCAAUAUCUUCAGGCCUGUUUUCUUCAACUAUUCCAUUGAAGAUAGUUCGGCUUGUCUUUAUUUGUUUACAUGUAUGUAGAUUUUAGUCAGGAAUAGGCUUGUCUUUAUUUGUUUACAUGUAUGUAGAUUUUAGUCAGGAAUAGUUUACGGAUUUCUUGAAGGGCCGAGUUGGCCCUUCUGUUUUGAUAAAGAUCUUAGGGUGUGUACAUCAGCACACUCUUCUGAUUUAUUUGAAUCAAUCUAAUAACAUAUUCCUGUAUAGCUUGGAA